CCACAAUAACGGCGGACGGCGGAUCGUCUGGCUUGUCAACUGGGUGCUGAAACCAAAGAUGCUUUCACAACCUGGUGUGUUGCUAUGAUGACGAACGCCACUCGAUAGGCUGGCUGUUGCGUCGCGGCGGUUGCCGUUGGUUGGAUGGAUGGAUGGACCAAAGUUCGGAGGACGUCGAUUAUUACCGUGUGCAUGCUGUUGGCGCCGCUUGUCUGGCAAUCGAGCAGCUCACCGGAGGGCGAGCAAGCGUCGUCUGUUCUGUUUGUUGCAUGUGCAAGGCUAUCUGGCCAGCCAUCAGCCAUCCGUCGUGCUUCUUUUGGAGAGGCUAGUCCGGCUUGGCACUGCCUGUUGCAUCUUCACAGCAAGCCCGCAACAACGGCUCCAGCUGCCACACGCGCCCUCGCUGCGACGCACUCUGUGUUGCUAUCGUCACUUGAGCUGAUUGUGCACCGGUGGAUACCAGCCACGCACACUGCCAUCCCGUGCGACGUUUGGCCUGCUAAGCCGCUGCACGUACCCCAUUGCUCACUAGCGCGGUUUUCGCGGCCCUGAGCGUGCUGCCUCCAGCUUCAACCACGACCUCAACCCUUCCACCACCCACUCCCUCCGCCAUCUCGCCCUGCUAACUCUCUGCCUCUGCCGCAGCCUCCUGACCCGUCUCCAACAAGCCCAUCACUCCCCCGACCCACAGCACCAUGGCCGAGAUCCGUCGCAAGCUCGUUAUUGUCGGUGACGGCGCCUGUGGAAAGACCUGUCUGCUCAUGUAAGUGCCAGCACCAGCCCCUAUGCACUCGCUCCCAGCGACUAACCA